AUGUCUUCGGCGGUUUCGCCCUCCCUGCCCGCCGUGGCGGCGGCGGCGGCUGCGGAUCCUGCCUUCUCUGCCGUGGUUCACGACAAACUUCAGGUCCCCAACACCACCCGGAAGGCCUGGAAUGACCGGGACAACCGCUGUGACAUCUGUGCCACACACCUGAACCAGCUGAAGCAGGAGGCCAUCCAGAUGGUGCUGACCUUGGAGCAGGCGGCCAGCGGCCAGCACUACGACGCGGCCCCCGGCUCCCCGCCCCCGCUGUCCCCCGGCCCUCGGCACGCCGGCAGCCUCCACCAGCCCCGGGACUGGGCCUUCGUGCCUGCCGCCUAUGCCCCCUCCGGCUACACGGGCCCGGUCAACAAGCACAGCGGAGGCAAGCCCAACAGCCUGGGGGUCGGCAAUGGGGUGGAGAGGAAGACCGGGUCCCCCACCCACCAGGCCAAGGCCGGCCUUCCGACGGCCACCAGUCCCAGCAACGGCAACAUCCUCAACCCCGUGGCCAUUCAGGCCCACCAGUACCUGGACGGCACCUGGUCCCUCUCCAGAACCAAUGGGGUUACCCUCUACCCGUAUCAGAUCUCCCAGAUGGUGACGGAGCCCGGCCGGGAGGGACAGACAGAGGCGGCGCUGAACCGCAACAACGCAGACAAGCCCUCGGCCUGCAGCGUCGCCGCCCCGCAGGGCCCCGGCGAGACCGCCACAGGGGCCUCCGUGGCCGCUUCCUUCUUCGCAAGAGCUGCCCAGAAGUUAAACCUGUCUUCUAAGAAGAAGAAGCACCGGCCCUCGCCCGCCUCGGCCGCGGAGACGCCGCUCUUCGCCACCAGCUUCAGCGGGAUUCUGCAGAGCUGCCCGCCCCCCGCCCCGCCCUGCCUGCUGCGGGCCGUCAGCAAGGUGAAGGACACCCCCGGCCUGGGCAAGGUGAAAGUCAUGCUGCGCAUCUGCUCCACGCUGGCCCGCGACUCCUCCGAAUCCAGCUCCUUCCUGAAGGCGGACCCUCGGAAGAAGCAGGUCACCCUGUACGACCCGCUGACCUGUGGGCCCAACGCCUUCCCCAAGAGGGGCAGCCAGGUGCCGCCCAAGAUGUUUGCCUUCGACGCGGUCUUCCCACCCGAUGCCUCCCAGGCCGAAGUGUGCGCGGGGACCGUGGCGGAGGUGAUCCAGUCCGUGGUCAACGGGGCGGACGGCUGUGUGUUCUGUUUCGGCCAUGCCAAGUUGGGAAAAUCCUACACCAUGAUCGGCAAGGACGACUCCAUGCAGAGCCUGGGCAUCAUCCCCCGCGCCAUCUCCUGGCUCUUCAAGCUCAUCAACGAGCGCAAGGAGAAGACCGGAGCCCGCUUCUCCGUGCGCAUCUCGGCCGUGGAGGUGUGGGGGAAGGAGGAGAACCUGCGGGACCUGCUGUCGGAGGUGGCCACGGGCAGCCUGCAGGACGGCCAGUCCCCCGGCGUCUACCUCUGCGAGGACCCCAUCUGCGGCACGCAGCUCCAGAACCAGAGCGAGCUGCGGGCCCCCACCGCUGAGAAGGCCGCCUUCUUCCUGGACGCCGCCAUCGCCUCCCGCCGGGGCAACCAGCAGGACUGCGACGAGGAGGACCACCGCAACUCCCACAUGCUCUUCACGCUGCACAUCUACCAGUACCGCAUGGAGAAGAGCGGCAAGGGCGGAAUGUCCGGAGGUCGCAGUCGUCUCCACCUCAUCGACCUUGGCAGCUGUGUGAAGACGCUGAACAAGAACCGUGAAGGAGGCUCGGGGCUGUGCCUCUCCCUGUCCGCGCUGGGCAACGUCAUCCUGGCUCUGGUCAACGGCAGCAAGCACAUCCCGUACAAGGAGAGCAAGCUCACCAUGCUGCUGCGCGAGUCCCUGGGGAACGUGAACUGCCGCACCACCAUGAUCGCCCACAUCUCCGCGGCGGCCAGCAGCUACGCCGAGACCCUGUCCACCAUCCAGAUCGCGUCCCGCGUCCUGAGGAUGAAGAAGAAGAAGACGAAGUACACGUCGAGCUCCUCGGGGGGAGAGAGCUCCUGCGAGGAGGGCCGGAUGCGCAGGCCCACGCAGCUGCGGCCCUUCCACGCCCGCGCCGCGGCGGACGCCGACUUCCCCCUGGGGCCCCUGUCCAGCGACCCCGACUACUCGUCCAGCAGCGAGCAGUCCUGCGACACGGUCAUCUACAUCGGGCCCAACGGCAUGGCGCUCUCCGACAAGGAGCUCACGGACAACGAGGGGCCCCCCGACUGUCCCAUCGUGCCCGCCCUGCAGAAGAGCCGGGCGGACCGCCGGCCCGAGGCGGUGGAGGCCGCGGCCCGCGCGCCGGAGCGCGACUGCCUCAAGUGCAACACGUUCGCCGAGCUGCAGGAGCGGCUGGACUGCAUCGACGGCAGCGAGGAGCCCAGCGCCUUCCCCUUCCGGGAGCUCCCGGCCCCCGGCGCCCCGCUCUCCGAGUCCGACCCGGAGGACGGCCCGCGGGCGGGCAGGGCGGGCGCGGAGCCGCGGGCGUGCCCCAGGCGGGGCGCCCGGUCGCCGGCGCCCGGCCCGGCCUCCCCCCGCAGCGUCCCGGGCAGCAGCGGAGGCCAGCGGAGCCCCCCGGGGCUCGCGCAGAGCCCCGGCCUCCGGAGCAGCCGCGAGAGCCUGGCCUCCUGCGGCCCGGCGGACGGCAAGCCCCGGCCCCUGGGCACCCCGCGGCUGGGCGUCGCCAGCCUGUCCAGGGCCCCCGAGUACAAGCCCCCCGGCUCGCCCGCGCAGAGGUGCAAGGUGUCACCCAGAAGGGCGUCCCGCCCGGGCCCGCGCCCGCCCCCGGCGAGGGCCCCCAGCAGCCCGAGUCUGCGCACCCCGCCCGCGGGGAUGAGCCCCCGGGCUCCGAAGAAGCCCCUGUCCGCCGCGAGAGAGGGUGCCCCCGAGCCCCCGGGGGAGGACGGGCCUCGGGGGGGGCUCGCCCCGGACCCCGCCGCGGAGAUCCUGAGCCCCGCCACGGUGACGGUGCAGCCGGCGCUGGAGCUGAACGGGGAGGACGAGCUGGUGUUCACCCUGGCGGGGGAGCCGGCCCGCGGCGGCCGGGCCGAGGGCCCCCGCGCCCGCCCCGGCCCCGGCCGCGGGCUCCCGGCCCGUCAGCAUCAUCGGCAGCGUGAGCGAGGACCCCCGAGAGCGGGGCCCGCGCCCGAGGGGAGCUCCCCCCCCCAGCUCGCGGCCGAGCCUCACCCCGCGGGCAGCCGCGCCCCGGGGCCCGGCGCGGGGGAGGAGCCCCCCGGCAGAGCGCGUGGCCGGCCCGGGCGGCGAGGCCUCCAGCCCCACGAAGACCGGCCUCGCCGUGUCCCCGCGCCCCCCCGGGAGCCCCCGCGCCGGGGCCCGGACAGCAAGGACGCCGGGGCCAAGGAGGACGUGACGUUUGAGGACCCCUGGCUGAAACGAGAAGAAGAGCCGGAAGGACGAGGACGGGGCUCUCCCGGGGCCGAGGGGUCCCGGGGCGAGGGGGCCCCGGACGCCGCCGGGUGUCACGAGCCGGACCGGGACGAGGAGCCGGGCCCCGGGGACAGCGAGGCGGUGGCCGCCCCGGGCACGGACGGCCUCAGGAGGGUGGCCGACGGCUGUGAGAUGGCCCCGCCCGGCGCGGCCGCCCCGGCCCCGUGCGCGUGCAGCAGACCCCUCCAGUCCAGCAGCCUCCCUCGCGCCUUCCAGAAAGCCAGCCGCCAGGAGGGCCCCGACGGGCUCCCGUGCCCGUGUGCGGCCCCAGCCCGCAGCCCGGGCCCGGCCCCCGGCGCCCCGCCCUCCAAGGCCACCCUGGAGCGGAAGGUCGCCUCCCCCCAGCACGGCGUCCUGGCUCGCCCCAAGGGGACGCCCCCGCUGCCCCCCGUCCGCAAGUCCAGCCUGGAGCAGAAGAACCGGAGCCAGCCCAGCACAGCCCCCCGGGCCAGCCCGCCCCCCUCCCGGCCGAGCCCGCCGGACGAGGCCGGCGGCAAGAGCAAGGACGCCAGCGGCGGCGGCAGCGCAGCAAGCAAGCUCUUCAGCGCCAAGCUGGAGCAGCUGGCCAGCAGGACCCACUCCCUGGGCCGGGCCACGGUCAGCCACUACGAGUGCCUGUCGCUGGAGCGGGCCGAGAGCCUGUCGUCCGUGAGCGCCCGGAUGCACGCCGGCAAGGACAGCAGCACCUGCCCCGGGCCGGCCGCGGCCCGCCCCCCGCCCCGGGGCCGCCUCGCCAGGGCCGGCCCGGCCAGGGUCUCCGCGGUGAGCAAGCUCCUGCUGGCCAGCCCCAGGGCGGGCCCGUCCGCGCCGCCCACCAAGACGCUCAGCUUCUCCACCAAGUCGCUGCCGCGGCGGGGGGGCCAGAGCCCGCCGCCGCCGCCGCCCGCCGGCGGGAAGCCGCUGUCCUGGUCCACGCAGUCGCUGAGCCGCAGCCGGGGCGCGGGGCCCGCGGCCAAGCCGCCCCUGCGCGCCGCCAACGGGCGCGUGUCGGAGCUGCUGCGGGGCGGCGCGGGUGCGGGCGGGCCCGAGGAGGAGCGCGCGGGCCCCGGGCUCCCGCUGCCCUCGCCCUACAGCAAGGUGACGCCGCCGCGGAGGCCGCACCGCUGCAGCAGCGGCCACGGGCAGCGACAACAGCAGCGUGCUGAGCGGGAGCUGCCGCCCGCCAUGGGCAAGACCGCGCUCUUCUACCACAGCGGCGGCAGCAGCGGCUACGAGAGCGUCCUGCGCGACAGCGAGGCCACCGGCAGCGCCUCCUCCUCCGCGCCCGACUCCACCAGCGAGAACAGCAGCUCGCUGGGCGGCCGCUGCCGGAGCCUCAAGGCCCCAAAGAAGCGCUCCAACUCAGGCUCCCAGCGACGGAGGCUCAUCCCCGCGCUGUCCCUGGACGCCGCGUCCCCCGUGAGGAAGCCCGCGGCCGGCGCGGGGCUGCGCUGGGUGGACGGCCCUCUGCGCGGCGCCCCGCGGGGGCUGGGGGAGCCCUUCGAGAUCAAAGUCUACGAGAUCGACGACGUGGAGCGCCUGCAGCGGCGCCGGCACAGCGCCGGCAAGGGGCCCGUGGGCUUCAACGCGAAGCUGAGAAUCCUGGAGCACCGGCAGCAGCGCAUCGCCGAGGUCCGAGCCAAGUACGAGGGGCUGAUGAAGGAGCUGGAGGCCACCAAGCAGUUCCUGAUGCUGGACCCCGACAGGUGGCUCCGAGAAUUUGACCUGGAGCAGGUUCUGGAGCUGGACUCCCUGGAGUACCUGGAGGCGCUCGAGGGCGUGACCCAGCGCCUGGAGAGCCGGGUCAACUUCUGCAAGGCUCACCUCAUGAUGAUCACCUGCUUCGACGUCACCUCGCGGCGCCGGUGA